GCCCGCAACUAACAGUGUCUCUCUCUCUCUCUCUGCCUCUCUGUCUCUCUCUGCACACACACAGCAUAAGGAAGUGGUGGUGAGAAAGCAAGAAAGAAAGCAAGCUAAGAAGAGAUCAUGACGAAGGAUGUGGAGGUGGUGGAGCAAGGAGAGUUCUCGGCGAAGGACUACCAUGAGCCGCCGCCAGCUCCGCUGAUCGAUGCGGAGGAACUGGGGAAGUGGUCGUUUUACAGGGCGUUGAUAGCGGAGUUCGUGGCGACGCUGCUUUUCCUGUACGUAACGGUGUUGACGAUCAUUGGGCACAACAGCGAGACGGACACCGGUAAGGGUGGCACCGACUGCAGCGGCGUCGGCAUCUUGGGCAUCGCCUGGGCCUUCGGUGGCAUGAUCUUCAUCCUCGUUUACUGCACCGCCGGUAUCUCUGGAGGACACAUAAACCCGGCGGUGACGCUCGGGCUGUUCCUGGGGCGGAAGGUGUCGCUGAUAAGAGCGUUGUUGUAUAUGGUAGCACAGUGCGCCGGGGCUAUCUGCGGCACCGGACUCGCCAAGGGCUUCCAAAAAGCCUAUUACGACAGGUACGGCGGCGGCGCCAAUUUCGUCCAGACCGGCUACAGUAAGGGCACCGCCUUGGGCGCCGAGAUCAUCGGCACCUUCGUCCUCGUCUACACCGUCUUCUCCGCCACCGAUCCCAAACGCAACGCCCGUGACUCGCAUGUUCCUGUUUUGGCUCCGCUUCCCAUUGGAUUCGCCGUCUUCAUGGUUCACUUGGCUACAAUUCCGGUCACCGGCACCGGUAUCAACCCUGCAAGGAGUUUCGGAGCUGCUGUAAUCUAUAACGAGGACAAAGUCUGGGAUGAUCAAUGGAUUUUCUGGGUUGGCCCGGCAAUUGGAGCCUUCGCGGCUGCAGUGUACCAUCAGUAUAUUCUGAGAGCUGCCGCCAUUAAAGCUCUUGGAUCCUUCAGGAGCAACAAUUAAGUUGAGCUGAUCAGCUGUGUGUUGUAUGCAUGGUUUGUGGAAGAAAGGGAUAUAAUGGGUAUGGUGUUUCCCAAUAGAAUAACAAUUUCAUAUGGCGUAGUGCCACUGCUAGGUGGUAUGUCUUCUGAGGGUCCCUUUGAUAUUUGGCAUUUUUUCCCUUUGAAAUUCCUUUCUUGCUUGGGAGGGUUUAGAGAGAAAAACAGCCAGAAACCAGAGGGCCAUAUGAAUUGUAGAUAAAGCAUAUCAUAUUGCCUAUGGAGUCCAAGGGUGUAUUUUGUAUCCCUUUUGUCUUCUUUUGUUUCUGUGCAUUGUCCAUGUGUUUGCUUGUCAUCAUUCUUCAUCUUCACCACUCCGCUUCCUCGCUUAUCAUAAGUGAUGUAUUCCUCUGUUCUUAGUUUCCACCCAUCAUUGAAAAAAAAAACCCGCAGAUUUAUGUUUUU